AUGGUUCAAACCUGUUUCCACUGUCUCUUCAAAUUACACGCAUACAUGAACGAGCACCCGAACGAGAUUGAUAUCAUCAUGAUGCAAGACAUUCCCUCCGAAUUUCCAAUCCUUGCGAACCACCCCCACUACUACCUCUGGUGCGAAUCCGAGCGAGUACGCGUGAGCGAGGACGAUUCGAAGCACCCCCACUAUCCUCCAAAGUUAGGCAACAGCUCAUACAAGCCCCCCAAAGUCAACGAUGUCGGGUUCGACAUAGCCCACUCCGUGAAGGGAAAUAUCGAAGAAGCCCCGUGGACGCCGACUGGAGUCAACAAAAAGAAAGUGGCGAUUCUGUCCAUCCCAUGCUUGGAUUUUGAGGGCCUGUAUGACAUUUUUGCGAUGUACCCUCAUAUCAUAUUCGGAGGUGACCUCAACGCCCACCACCCACUGUGGGGCGGACCUGAGAGUGGUACCACAGUAUGUGGCGAGGCCCUGUACAACUUGGUGGAGGCUUUCGGCAUGAAAUGCCUCAAUGAGGUUGACUGCGUGCUUCCCGACAUUCCAGGCCUCAGGGAUCAGCCUAAUGCAAAGGCGGUCGAAAGCAUGGCCAUCCUUGGCGUGGUCGUUCAUUGCCGGCUCAAUUGGGACCUACAUAUGUCCAAGAUCAAGGCAAGUGUUAGUACGGAAACAUACUCCCUCCUCAAGCUCCUACGCACACAGUCUGGGCCUAGACAAUGGCGCAGAUUAUUUCUGAGCAACGUCCAGUCCAAGAUGACCUAUGCAUGUGCGGCAUGGUCCAUCCGCAACCCCGGUAUCAUCUUCCCCUCUACAAGUCCAAUCCCAGACAGUUUGGACAUCCCCAGUGGGUAG